ACGCCUACAGCCAGCCGGAAUUCCAACAGUAGAAGAAGAAGAAGUACAUUUCCCCGGGUUGUUAAAAUACUAGCUGCAUGUUGUUGAAUAGCAUGAGACUGGCAAUACCAUGAUUUAUCUUGUAUUUUGUAAAGAAAACCUUUAACUUAUUUCGUGUUCUAUAUAUCCAGGAUACGUUAGACCGCCCAACUGGAGGAUGAAGGUAAAGAUCCGACAGUGGAACGGAGUGGCUUCUUGGUUAUGGGUGGCUAAUGAUGAUAACUGCGGGAUCUGCCGGAUGCCAUUCAAUGGCUGCUGCCCAGACUGUAAAGUGCCUGGGGAUGACUGCCCACUGGUCUGGGGUCAGUGCUCGCACUGUUUCCACAUGCACUGCAUCUUGAAAUGGCUUAACUCGCAGCAGGUCCAGCAGCAGUGCCCCAUGUGCCGGCAGGAGUGGAAGUUCAAAGAAUGAACCCGAGGUGCCUGCAGAGCCCGGAGAGAGGGACUCCGUCACUGAGGAGGACAUUUUUAUAUCAGCUGUAAAUAACUGCAUUUUGUAUUCCUUCAUCUAAUGUUAUGCAAAGUAGACUUUGGAACCUAUUUUGCUCGGUUGAUGGAUUAAGUUUGUGAUUAAAUAAAAAUACAAACCCUACAUGACAUGCCAUGGCAUGCUGUGCACGCUA